AUGGGCCGCUGUCAAAGGAAUAUGAGGGUGCUGCUACACCCCUUCUACAUAGUGAACAUCUUGCUGAGCACGGUAUUCUUCAUUUCAAAAACCGUCCCUCCUCUGUGCACCACGAUCUAUGAUAGUUGUCAGAUUGACUUUCAUGAAUAUGAGCUGUUGAUUUUCCUCGGAAGCUUCAUCGCACUGCGAAACAAGCGUCAGUUUUCAAUCCCUGAUUACCUAUCUCAUUUUUGUUUGUUUGCCAAAAUAUUGAGUUUGAUAAUGUUUUGGAAGCAGAAUGUGGUUUAUGCUAUCAUCUUUGGUCUUGUAUGGUUGCUCCAAGCGUGCUUCUUACAGCAACCAUACUAUCAGGGACCUGACCAAGUUUUGUACCUACGGGACUUCACUUUUGAACAGGAAGUUCUUCAUGGGGAUACACGAACCAUGUGGUUAAUUGCAUUUUAUGCUGCAUGGUCCCCAGCCUGUAUCAAACUCCAACCUAUCUUUGCCGAGUUGUCUGCAGAUUUUGGUCUGCCAUUCCUGAAAUUCGCCAAACUGGAUAUCACGCGCUAUCCGGAUCUUGCCAAAAAGUACGAUGUUGAUGUGUCGAGUAUGUCGAAACAGAUACCAACUUUGAUACUAUUUCGUCAUGGUCGUGAACUGGUUCGUCGUCCAGGCGUACUUUGUGGAUCCAAGAAAUCCGUACAAAAAUUCUUUUUCACUUAUGAAAAUAUUGUCGCUGCGUUUUCUCUCAAUGAGUUUUACAUGGAAUGUAAAAAGCUGUCUGCCUCUUCGAGCCGGUCUGGAGUAGAAGAAAUGGUCGGUGGUAAGAAGGACCAG